AGUCCAGAUAUGGUCACUUCCUGUUCACUGGUUGAUAAAUAAAUGUUCCAUUUCAAACGGGAUGAAAAACAAUAUACAUCUCUCUCCGGUCACACGUUGGUUCACCAGAAAGGGGGCGGAACUUCACCGCUCUACUACAGUUAUAAACAAGCUGGAGGCGAAGAAGUAUGUAAUUAUAUAUCUGAGAGCAACACUUUGAGUAGAUCAGAGUGCAAGCAGGAGGUCCUUCAGAGAGAUCCACACUCGUAUUGUUCUCUUAAAAUGAUCUCACAAACGUUUAAGACAACAAGACCAGCAGCAGCUGUAAUACCUGUUAACUGAAGCUGCUCGUCAGGCUGGUGACGGUGUUCUGCGUCGUUGUUUUCAAAGUCUCUAAAAAACAACCACAGAGUUAUCAAACGUCUUCAAACGUCUCCCUCUUAAAGAGCUCUUCAACAUCGUGGACGCUCGGCGUAAACGCAAAAAAUAUGAAUGUUUUAAAUAAGAAAACUUAACAGUUAAAGCCAUCAGUGUGGAUGAAUGCUUCUCUGAACUAUCCUGAGUCUGUUCACGUUACGGCACCUUCGUACAUUACAACUCUUUUAGACAAAAGUGUGAAAACAAACCAUUUGAAGUACAAUAAAUAUAAAUAUUCAGUAUUCAUUCACAGGAGCAGCUUGUGUUCAUGUGUCUCUGCUGCCACCCAGACUCACUCCUCCUCCUCAUCAUUAUAAAGAUUAUCUACAUGUGUGAACGUGUAGACGUCGACCUGUUCAUCCACUCAUCUUCUGUUCUUAGCAAACACACAGACACACUUUCUGUUAUUUUCUUUGUAUUUCCUCAUGUUUACACUCAAACCAACAUCAUGACACUGUCGCACCUAUUAUUAUUAUUAUUAUGAUUAUGGAUCCUUCUGUCAUGUGUGGUUUGAUGUGUGAACCUAACUAAUGACACUAACAUGUCUCUCCUUACUUUUGUUUUGUAUUUGUAUUGAUCCUCACCUGCUGCUGUCACUUCUUCUCUUCUGCUCCUGUCUGCAUGUUGAUCUUCUCUCUGUUGCAUGUUUUCCAUAUUUUGUUUAUAAUCCAUAUUCAUUCAUUCAUUCUCAUCUGCAUGUCUUCAUUUCUUCACGGCCUGUUUGUGUCUGUCCAUCUCUUUGGUGUCCCCCUUCCCUCCGUCCUGCAACCUUUUCUCACUUCCUUCCCUCUUUUUUUCCCCCCUCCCCAACCUGUCCUGUGUUGCAUCAUGGGACAUGUAGGCUUCUACGGUCUGGAUGAGUCAGACCUGGACAAGGUGUUCCGGCUGCCCACCACCACCUUCAUCGGAGGCUCAGAGAGCGUACUGCCGCUGAAGGAGAUCAUCCGCCGACUGGAGAUGUCCUACUGUCAGCACAUCGGCGUGGAGUUCAUGUUCAUCAACGACUUGGAGCAGUGCCAGUGGAUCAGACAGAAGUUUGAGACUCCAGGAGUGAUGCAGUUCACUCUGGAGGAGAAGAGGACGCUGCUGGCUCGCAUGGUCCGCUCCACCAGGUUUGAGGAGUUCCUGCAGAAGAAGUGGUCUGCAGAGAAACGUUUUGGUCUGGAGGGCUGCGAGUCUCUGAUCCCGGCUCUGAAAACCAUCAUUGAUAAAUCCUCUGAGAACGGGGUGGAGAACGUGAUCAUGGGCAUGCCUCACAGGUAACACACACACCUCUAUAUAUCUAUAUAUAUAUCUACAGUUGUGUGAAAAAGUGUUUGC